CAGAGGCGUAAACAACACCAAAUCCAACGUCGAGGAGCACUAACAAUUUCCCUCGCACCGCUACCUGCGUCUCUGUACUCCGGUGUUCUACUCUGAUGCUCACAACUGUUCGAUACCACAGAUAUACCCUUUUUUUCAUAUCUAUUACGGUCACAAUUUAUUGGCCUAUCCCAGUUACGAUUAUGGGCUAAUACCGUCUGUAUGGUGGGUUUGUAGACCAAAGCAGGAACAUAUCUAACAGGUAGAGGUACGGUACUACCGGAUACACUAACAGCUAGGUACCCGAACAUCAACAGUCCCAUAUUCUCCACCACACUUUAACCUCACUUCACCUCCUUCAACUCACCUCAGUCAAAGUGAGCUCAAGGCUCACAACCCUUUCACAUCCAGUCAUGCACAGAUCCCGGGCUCUGGUGCGGCAAACAUGUCGCCUUUCAUCUCUACAACCAGUGUCGCCAGUUGCGCUUCAUCAUGUAUGGGCGUCGAUACCAUCGCACCAACCAUCCUCAUCGAGCUCGCCAAGCAGCCAUAGCCAACCGGCAUCACAGCAACGACGUUCAUACGCCAAAGCCGCCAAAAUCCAGCGAAGAAGAACUGAAACCGGUCCCUAUUUCGAAAAGUACGAAGGCCCCACCUUUGAACAAUGGGAAUUCCUCAUCUCCCACCUCCAGACGCCCAACAUGACCGCGCAAGAUUGCAUCGAGACUCUCCUCGCCUACAUGUGCGUGGCCGUCAAGCACGAGUCGACGUGGAAGACGCGUAUGAUGCGCGAGGACUACUUCCCCGUCUCGCGCCUUUACUACUGCGGUUUCCUGCUCAUCCACCCGCACUUCGAGGUGCCCGCGUUCUGGCAAAUGGGCAUGCACAUCCUGCACAUGUUGUCCACGCUCAACUACCCGCCCGCCAUCCUGACGCUGUACCGCUACUUUGAGCACAUCGCCCGCCGCCGCGACCCCAAGAGCGAGACGUACCGCUACAUCCAGACCAAGUACCAGGAGCUGCUGAACAAGGGCGACGCCAACGCCUGCACCUGGAAGGCCGUCGAGCUGUGGGAUCCCAAGAGGCCCGAGAUCGCGAUGAUGUACCUGAACAAGGCCAUGGACGGCUACAAGCGGAGUCCGGGACGGUACAAGGUCGAGCCGCUUGUCUUCCACGCCUUGGAAUCAGGCGGCAAGAGUGAAAGACUCCCGUUCCUGGUCAGAACCUUGAGCUUCUUCAGCGGUAUGAAGGAGAUGAUGCUGGGCUUGGUGGUCCGCAAGGAGACCGGCGCGUACGCGCUGCGCAGGCAAGAGAUGCUCAUGCGGCUGUUGCCGCUGGACAAGCAGCCCGCGCGCGUGCCGCUCUGGACGUGGGAGGGCAUGUACCGCGUCAGGAAGGGGAUGGCGCUGGCGAUGAUGAAGCAAACCAGCGCAGCCGUCGAGGAGCUGCGGAUCGCGGCCGACGAGCUGGAUCAGGAGCAAGGGCACUAUGCGCUGGCGGUUUUGAUGCAGUUUGAGGCUGAAAAGCUUGAUGACUGGAUCAAGAGUGGCGGGGAAGAAGGGCUUGAGUUGUCGGAUGCCUUUAUGGACUUUUACAAGGGUGAGGAUGUUGAGGCUCUGACUGAGGCUAUGCGACUCUUCAAUGAGGAGGCGGAGCUGCGGUUGAAGAGAGCGGCGCAAGGCGGCGAAAGGAAGGCGGCCAUGAAAUUGGAGCGCCUUUGCAAGACGAGAAUGGAUGAGCCUGGGCUUUCCAAGAUGGAGAGGGAGGCGUAUAAACUGGCUGCUAAGGAAUGGGCUGAGAUCGCAGGCAGGGGGAAAUCAGAUGAUGACACGCAGAAGCAGACCGGUCCAAUCUUUGCCGAUCUCAAGCCGAAAUACUAGAACAGCAAAGGAGUCUGCCCCGGGUGUAUUCGCCG